UUGGUAAAACCCAAAACCCUACUUGGUGGUUAGUUGGCCCAUUUCAUUAUCUGCUGCUUCUCCCCUUCUCUUUUCUGGCACAAAUUACAGACAAAGCAUGCAGAUUUCAGAGCUCACUCUCCCAACUCCAUUUCUCUGCAACUCCGGCACCGCCGCUCUCGCUCCCACAUCGCCGGCGGCAGUCCCUCUCUGCUAGCUUGUACAACUCCCAAACAUUUUUCUGCUUUUGGUUUUUGCACUUCAGCUGCUUCUGGAAAUGGUGGCGAAAUUUUUGUGAUUUUCUGCGAUUUCGAGAAGCUGGAGAUGAAGGGAAAGAUGAUGGAGAAGACAAAGAAGAAAACGCGAUUGCAGGUUGAAGCCCUCGAGAGCUUCUACUCCGAGGAAAAGUAUCCGUCACGAAUGGCAAUGGAAUGCCAUGCUGCUGCUUUCGGAUUGACUUACAAGCAGGUUCGAGGUUGGUUUGUCGAGAAGAGGAGGAGAGAGAAGCGAGGAAAUAGAACCAGUGAGUUGGGAGCUGGUGAUACAAGGAUAGUUAAACACGGCCGCUCAAAAACCAAAGCUUCUUCCUCGUCGAGAUACAUGAAAACAAGUUUGUUUAACAAGAAGGAAAGAAUGAAAUGGAAUCAUGUUCAGGAAUUGUUAACUCCAGACAACAUUCUCAAGAAGGUGUUCCGUAAGGAUGGUCCUCCGCUUGGUGUGGAAUUUGAUCCUCUUCCCUCUGGGGCACUUUGCCAUUCUCCAGAUUCCCCAGAUUUUCCUUCUCCUUGCAAAGAGAACAACAGAGCAACUAAAAGGAGAAAGGUUACCGAGCAGGCUGUAAUUAAUCAUCAGGAUUGCAACAAGAGUGCUCCAGUGAAAAAACAUGGUGUUGGGAAAGGUUUUAUGAUGAAUAAUCAGGAUUGCAACAAGAGUGCUCCAGUACAAAAACAUGGUGUUGGGAAAGGUUUGAUAACAAAUCAUCAGGAUUGCAACAAGAGUGCUCCGGUACAAAAACAUGGUGUUGGGAAAGGUUUGAUAACAAAUCAUCAGGAUUGCAACAAGAGUGCUCCAGUACAAAAACAUGGUGUUGGGAAAGGUUUGAUGACGGUCUGGCAGGCAACCAAUCCUAAUGCUAGAGAUUUUCCUAUUGAAAUGGGUUUGGCCAAUGGUGAAGUUGCUGGUGUAUCACUAAUUCAAACUUCUGUAUCGCGAAAACCAGUAACUCGGAACAGAAGAUUGCAACCAAAAAAAUGUGUUCGUAAACAGGGAAGUGUACAAAAUAAGUUACAAGAAAAGAGGAAGCAUUUAGCCAAAAGAAGAGAGAUGGAAGCUAACAAUGAGAAUCAGAAGUUUCCAGGCAAUGAAAAAUGUGAACUUGCUUUGGAAGGAACAGGUUCCCAAGAACACUCGGAUAAGAUUGCAAUGCUUGUGGAUGAUGAAGAGCUGGAGCAAAGAGAAUUACAAGCAAGACCAAAUUCACUGGUGUGCUCUUAUCAUUUUUCUAAUGGAGAUCAUGCAUGUUCACUUUGCAAAGAUUUGCUGGCCAAGUUUCCUCCAAAUUCUGUGAAGAUGAAGCUGCCAUUUGAUAUGCAACCUUGGGAUUCUUCUCCAGAGAUUGUCAAGAAACUGUUCAAGGUUUUCCAUUUCCUUUACACUUAUGCCGUUAUGGUGGAUAUAAGCUCCUUCACUAUUGAUGAGCUUGCUCAAGCAUUUCAUGACAAGGAUUCCAUGCUACUUGGAAAAAUUCAUGUGGCCCUUCUGAAGCUUUUUCUAACUAAUGUUGAAGCGGAGCUUUUCUGUGGAUCCAUACCUCAUUUGAGCAAAUCAUGCAAUUUUCUUGCAUUUAUCCACUCGGUUGAAAACCAAGAAUCCACUCUGGAAUUCUGGAAGAGAUCUCUAAACCCUUUAACAUGGACAGAAAUACUGCGUCAAGUACUAAUUGCGGCUGGUUUUGGUUCAAAGCAAGGUGCAAUGCGAAGGGACGCUCUUAGCAAGGAAAUGGGCCUUAUGGUGAAGUAUGGUUUACGUCCUGGUACUUUGAAGGGCGAAUUGUUUAGAGUUCUGCUAGAGCAAGGAAUUCAUGGGUUGAAAGUUUCUGAGUUGGCGAAGUCAUUACAGAUUUCUGAAUUGAACCUCUCCAGCGGAAUAGAGGAACUAGAGUCUUUGAUUUGUUCAACUCUUUCAAGUGAUAUUACAUUAUUUGAGAAAAUUUCAUCAUCCACAUAUCGUGUCCGUAUUAAUUCUUCCAAAAAGGAAAUUGAGGAAUCCCAAUCAGAUACUGAAGACUCUGGAGCAGUUGAUGAUGAGCUUGGUGACAGUGGUACAUGCAGCAGUGAUGAUGAUUCUGGGUGGAAUUCAAGAAAUUCCAGAAUUAGGAAACUGACUUAUACGAACAAUGGUAGAAGUAAAGAUAACGUGCUGACAGUACACACUGAAAUUGAUGAGAGUCAUCCAGGCGAAGUAUGGUUGUUAGGACUGAUGGAAGGCGAAUAUUCAGAUUUAAGCAUUGAAGAAAAGUUGAAUGCACUUGUGGCUCUAAUUGAUCUUCUUCAUGCAGGAUCCAGUUUCAGGAUUGAGGAUCCUACAAAUGCUGUUGCUGAAUGCACUCUUAGCAGCCUUCAUUCUGGUUCAGGAGCAAAAAUUAAGAGGUUAUCUGCUAAACAACAUAGUGAUCCAAGGUCAACCUGGGUCCAUGCAGGACAUAUGGGUGGUGCAAAAGAAGAUAGUACAUUAAAGUUUCACCCGCUAGAUUCUUCAGCAACAAUCUCAAAGUUUUCUGAUGAGAGAUUCUCUACAAAAGGAAAAAAUGGGAAAGAUAAAGAUGUGCAGUUUGACGUACACCCAAUGCAAUCUGUGUUUUUAGGUUCUGAUCGUAGAUACAAUAGAUACUGGCUUUUAUUGGGCCCUUGUAAUGCAUAUGACCCAGGCCAUAGAAGGGUUUACUUUGAAUCUUCAGAAGAUGGUCACUGGGAAGUUAUUGAUACUGAAGAGGCUUUGUAUGCCUUAUUGUCAGUUUUGGAUGACAGGGGUAAACGAGAGGCCCUUCUUAUCGAAUCUGUGGAGAAACGGAUAGCAUUUCUCUGCCAGGCAAUGUCAAGUAGAAUGGUAACUGGUGAUAAAAUUGACAGCUUAGCACAGUCUGAUCAAUCUAACCCGGAUAAUGUUAGAGAAGACACUUAUUCACCAGUAUCUGAAGUAGACAACUUAUCUGGAACUGUGAAUGGUUCUCCACCUUCAUCUGGAGCUGUGGUUCUUGAAGUUACAAAAAAGGGAGAAGAACAGAAACGGAAAUGGAAACGGAUCCAAGCGUUUGAUUCAUGGUUAUGGAAUUUCUUUUACCUAGAACUUAAUGCUGUUAAACUUGGUAAACGAUCCUAUUUUGAUACACUUCAUAGAUGUGAAAGUUGUCAUGAUUUGUACUGGAAAGAUGAGAAGCACUGCAGGAUUUGCCAUACAACAUUUGAACUUCAUUUUGAUCUGGAAGAAAGGUAUGCCAUACAUGUAGCCACUUGUAAGGAGAAAGAAGCAAGUGAUACUUUUCCUAAGCAUAGGGUCCUCUCAUCACAGAUUCAAUCACUAAAAGCUGCAAUGCAUGCAAUUGAGUCAGUCAUGCCUGAAGAUGCUUUGUUGGGUGCUUGGAAAAAAUCUGCUCAUAAGCUAUGGGUGAAACGGCUUAGACGUACCUCAUCUUUGGCUGAGCUUUUACAGGUUCUUGCGGAUUUUGUUGGCGCCAUCAACGAGGAGCGCCUGUAUGAAGGCAAUAUUGUGCAUGGUUCUUAUAAUUUUACUGAAGAACUCAUUGCAUCAUUUGCACGUAUUCCCCACACAACAUCUUCAGUUGCACUUUGGUUGGUGAAACUGGAUGCCUUAAUUUCUCCGUACUUGGAAAGAGCCCAUUCUGAGAAAAGGAACGAAAUGAGUAUCCGAGGGAAGCAAGCUUCGAAGCAAUAGCCCUACCUUUUUUUAGGAGAUAAAGCGAAUUCAAUCCCGCAUUUUUUUGACUGAUCGAGGAGCAUUUAUGUAUCCAUUGUACUUGCCCUAAGACAGCCACUGCCAGACCAGUGAAAUCGUGGUACUUUUGGACGAAACCAGGCUUUUAAAUCUUCUCUUUUGUUGCCAUACACGGCUAUAUCGAGUGAUUAGAUGUAUAGCAUUACAGAAAGUUGCACGUUGAAUCCAUACGAGUUUUUACAUCAUGGAAGUCUGCUCCAGAGCAAACCCGAAGAAUGUUGCAGCCGUCUUUGUGGAAGAUUCAGAUUUUGUCCAUGCGUGCUUGUUCUAGUUAAUGAAAAGAGGAAUAAAAUGUGACCAAUGUACAUUGCUGUAAAGGAAACAAAAUACUUGUUACUUUUUGGUGGAAGUUUAGAAGAGUUGAAAGUCAGCUUAGUGAUAUUCUUUUGUAUGCGGAUCAAUGGUUACUGCAGUUGAAUAGUAUCCUCAGCAAUUGCCAAAAGCUUGUUGGUCUACUGAAA